AUGUUGACUUUUGGAGAUAGUUAAACUGAACCUUCUUCAACAGAAGAAGAGAAGAAAAAGAACAUAAAAAAUUUGAACAAAAGCAGUAAAGAGUUGAGUAAAAACUACACUAGAGAAUUGACAAGGGAUUCAGAUGGAUAAGAAUAAUAAAAUAGGGCUUUAUCAGAUACUAAUAGCGAAUAAGCCAAUAUAGAUACAGUGAAGGACUCAAAUAAAAGAAAUAACAAUUCAAACACAGGUAUUUACUAAAAUUAAGUGAAUGGUUUUGAAGCAAAAAGUUUUGACAAUAGUUAGCAAGCUGAAGCAAAUAAUUCAGAACAGUAAACUAUAAAGCUAAAUAUUAUGUCACCGAAAGUGAAUAGAUAGAUAAAAUAUGCAAAUUUCGAAGAUUUAACAAAUUAGCAAAAUCAAAAAGAGAUUAUUUAGGCAAAGCAUGUGUCAAGGGAAGAUACCUUUAAGAAUUCAAAUAUGAUAAAAAGAGAAAUUCAAUAAUAAUAGCAUAUUAAUUCUAGUAACGAUUUGUUUGUUGAUGAUUUUAGCAUAAGCAAGAACAUUUUCUAGUUCAUAAUAUUGCAGUUAAUGAUAAUAUUUGAAAUAGUUUCAACAAUGUUUGUCAGCUCUAUUUUUUUUAGUGAGGACUUACAAUAUAGCUUGAUUAUUUAUAUUUCACUAUUCUUUUUGCUUGGACUUGCUUCAGUGAUUCUUCCUAAAAUCUAAAAAUUAAGAAAACAUUUGAUCCAAAUAAUGACUUUCUUGCGUUUUAUAGUGUUAAUUAUUUACAUUGAAGGCAGAGUUAUUGGUAUGUAUUCGAGUUUAGAAAGAAAUAUUAAUAAUUAAAUAAAAUCAUAAGUAAACCAUGCAGUAGAAAUGCUAAAUUAAGAUAAAUAGCAAUAAGAUCAGACGAAUAUUAACUACUAAAUUCUUAACUCAAGGUAUUUAUUUACUUAGGCAGUUUAUAUUGGCUGCUUAUUAAUAUGCCUUAUCUCAACAUCUUAUAAGUCUGCUAGCAACUUUUUAGGUUCUACUAAAAACGCAAUCCUAACGAUUAUAACUAUCCUUUAUGUGCAACUAAGAUUAUGUGAUUUUAGUGAAAUUUCUUUGGUUCAAAUUUCUUUAACAUUUUUUCUAGUUGUAACGGUUUUUAUUACUCUAUUAUUCUAAAAUUACAUAGUCUUUUUUCUCUUCAAAAGUUUAAGCCCUUAACAAAAUAUACUUGGAAUAUAAAAUUAAGAUUCAAAUUAGAACCCUUCUUUUAUAGUUUCACCUAGAUUUGGUGAAAUACAAACAAAUCAAUAAAAUGAAGUUAACUAAGAAUAAAUCAUUAAUUACAAUUUAAAAAAUUUGAGUAUUUAAAAGGCCGCGCGUUUAUAUGGAAUAAACUAUUAAAAUGAAGGUGAAAGUCAAAGAUAGUCAGGACAGGAUUUAGAUGAUGAUGAUAAUAAUAAUAAUAAUAACAUAUAGAAUAUCUAAAAUUUGAACUUUCUUUCCCCAAAAAAUAAUAUUGGAAGUCUUUAAAUAAUAACUCCUAGAGAUGAAUUAGACUCAAAGAGAGAGAUGUAUAAUGAAAUAUAAAAGCAAGGCAUAAAUUUAAAUCAAAAUGGCUAAUAAGAAUAGUUUUCACCAACAGAUGAUAAUCACUAAAAUAAUAACAAUAUUAAAUAUAGUAGUAAUAGGUAAGUUAAUUGUUAGAAUGAUGUUUUUUUUAAGGUUUAAAGUGAUUAAAAAAUAGGCUCAGACACAUUUAAUCAAGAAAAAUAUCAAAAUGAUAUUUAGCCUAACGAAGAAAGUAUGAGAAAAUCAAUAAAUUUUUAUGAUGAAUAGAUUUCAGACAACAACUAGUUUGAAAAGUAAAUGCAAGAGAAUUACAAUAAUAAUGAAGAAUAUGAUAUAUAAGAUAAUGAAUUACCAGAUUAAUCAUUAUUUGAAGGAGAUAAAAGUGACAUGAAAGUAGUUACUGAUCAUUCUACAAUCUAGAUUAACCCAAAUAAAAAAGAAUUGUCUCCAGUAGUAUAAGUUGAAGCUGAAGGAAGCGAAGAACAGACUAAAUGGAAGAUUCUAAAAUAAGCUAGAGAUGCUUUGCAAAUAAGGAAAAAACUAGAGUAGUAGUAGAAUAAAUUAAAGGUUUACAAUAACAUGACUUAAAAGAAUGGGCUGGAAAAAUAAAUUUUAGAUUUAGAGUAAAGACUUGAAAUGCAAGACAUGAUAUUAAAUAAUAUUAGCAAUGGUAUAAUCAUAAUAUAGAAAGACACUAACGAAGUUGUCUAUGUUAAUAAAUAGGCUUGCUAAAACUUAAAUUGCUCUCUUGAAUAGGUUUUUAAUACUCUGAUGUCUUUGAAAAAUGUGAAUACUCUUAAAGAUGAAGUAUCUAAUUUUUCAGAACUCCUUCAGUAAUUUGAUCAUCCAAUAUAACUCUCGUAGCUUUCUACUUUGAAGGGGCUUUUCAUUAAUCAUGAUAAAUAAAGAGAAAUAAUGAUUUGCAUUCAACCUGAUUCUUUUUAGAGCCAUUAAAACUAAUUAGAAAAGAGAAAUCUAAAACCAGGAAUCAGCAAUCAAGCUCCAAAUAACUAAAUGACUGUUGAUAAAAAUGCUACAAACUUUACUCUCAAAAACUAUUUAGAUCAAACUUAAUUCCUGCAAAUUGAGGUAGAUCAAGUAAGAAAUCAAAAAUAAAGAUACAUGGUUUUUAAUAUUAAUAUUAUAACUUGGAACAAUCCUUAUAAUGUUAUUCACACAACAACAUUAAAAAUUCAGUAUUUUAUAAGAAAAAUGAUUUCUGAGCUUUCGUUAGAUAUAAAUGAUAUCAGAGAAUAUUUCUAAGCUGUAAAUAAUUAAUCUAUUUAGAAGCUGGACUGCAAUGGAUGCAUAGGAAAAGUUGAUUGUAUGUCAGAAUUUUUGUAGGACUUUGCCACUUCAUCAUUAUUGAUAAGCAGUACUUUCAUUCCGAUAAAACAGCAGCUCAACCUUUAGCAUCUAAUUUAAAGUGUGCUUGAAAAGAUGAAAAUAAGAUCUUCUUCAAAGCAAUACUACUUUAGUUUGCAAUAUGAUUCAGUAUGUCCAUAAGUAGUAUAUUCAGAUGUUAAGCGUUUAGAUAGAGUAUUUUACAAUUUGAUCUUGUACUUUAUAGACACUAAUGACAAAGCUUACAUCAAAAUUAAAGUUUUACCCUCUUUCUCAAAUAGUACCCCAAAGAAGAAGUUAAAAAUUUAAAUAAUCUGUUCAAAGAGUUAAACAGAAGAUACUCCAACCAACUCAAGCGAAGCUUAAGGUUAAAAGAAAAAAAUUAAUUCUGGUGUAAAAUUUUCUCUAUCUCAAAAGAAGGCAUAAAUAACUAAUGUGUAUAUGCUAGAAAAUAUGCAUUAUGGAGUUCUUCUAAGUAAUAGUAUAAUCUAAAAGUUAGAGCCAGAUGAUUAAGGAAUCGUUUUCUAAUCUGGAUCAAAUACCACCUUUACUUUCUAACUCUCUAUUUGA